CUUCACUCUUAUCACUCCUCCUUCUUUGAAGACUUACAGAUCGUCUCUGGGCUUUAAGAUUUGAAACAACAAACAUGAAGUUCACUGUGUUUCUGAGUGGACUCCUGCUGCUCUUUCUGCUUCCCGACUGGACAGAAAGUGUUGACACUGUGGACAUCAAUACUCUCGCCCGUAUUAUUAACUUCUUUGAGCAGAAAUAUAAGAGAGUCGAUAUAGAUGGACAUGCCCGUCAGUACGCCACCGCCAUCAAUGUGCCAAAGGAUCAGUGUCAACAGAACUUCAAUCUGAACACCUUCCUGACUCAGGAGAAUGCUGCGAAUGUGAAAAAUGCCAUUACUGAUGAAACAAACGCACUUUACCAGGGUUCAGAGCUCAUCGCUGCAGGAACUAGGAAAGUUGUAAUUAGUAAAAAAAAGCAAUACAACAUGCAUUCAGAGUCUCUCCUGCUGAAUCCUGUCGACAACUCACCCAUGAGCAAACUUUUGAAUAAAAGAAAAGACGGCUGCUCUGUUUUCUACACCUUUGAAUCUCCCUGUGUCGACACGUGUCUGAAUCCGUCAAGCAGUCACAACAUUAUAAAUGCUCUGGAGAAAUGGAAAGAACACGAUGGAAUUAAAGCUUUCGUCUUCAAGGGUUUCUGGAAGUUUGACAUUGAAAAAGAUCUUCAGACUGCGUUUAAGAAGAUUGCGGCUCAUGUUCCUCUCUUCCGCUGUGUGAGUGAGAAUGAGUGUUAUGCUUGUAAAGGGGAAGGAAACACUCCCAUAGAUGCACGCUGUCUGCCUUAAAGAGAGAUCUAACUGCAGUAACGUUCACCUCUUAUGCAAUUCUGUAUUAGUGAGAUCAACUAUCCUUUGUUUUGAUAAUCAGUAUGCUUAGAUGUAGUAGUAAAAUGCAUUUCGAAAAUAAUCUUGCUUGCAACUUGAACUAAUAAAAUACUUCUGCCUGGCAAA